CUAAACUUUCCAAGAGUGCAGAUAAAGGGACGCGGGCGCAUCUCAGUCUCACGCACCUGAUGAGCAUCUUCCAACGAGUGGACGGAACCUUUCAGCUGUUGUCGUGGGAUCCUGUCGCCUAAAAAGACGCCUAUUAAAUAAUUGGGAGCACCAAGAGGAAUCGGUAGCCUGUUAACCUUGCUGCGCUUUCAGAGAUGGCACUGUCUUUCCGACGCAGGUGUUUGCUUUUGCUGUGUUUGACAGCUAUCCAAAGUGUUCAUGGCACCGUUCAGACAUGCAUGGAUAAACACCAGGUGGUUGGGGUGCUUCGUCAAAUGGAGAAGUUUCUAAAAGGCCAGGAGAUACGGUUUAACGAGGGUCUCAGGAUCAUGAAGUCAAAACUGGCAGCUCUUCAGAACUCUGUCUCCAAGUUACCUCAAGCAGACCAGUCGGCUGCACCCACCACCUGCCCCUCCCUGGAAGCCCCUGCUCAUGGAACCAAGUUCGGGUCAAAGUAUUUUGUUGGACACGAGGUCCAUUUCACUUGUUCCGCGGGCUACCGCCUUGUGGGUUCUGCAACGCGGGUUUGCCGAGAAAAUGGCACCUGGACUGGCAUCGGUGUAACCUGUAAAGAUAUAAGUGAAUGUGCAAGUAAUCCCUGCCAGAAUGGAGGUACCUGUGUGGAGGGGGUCAGCCAGUACAAGUGCACUUGCCCCCAAAACUGGAGUGGCUCUCACUGCCAGCACCAAACGCAGACAGCGCCCCCCGAGUGGAGUGUUAUGAACGAUCCCGCGUUCAGCCGGAGACCUCGCUGUGCCCAAGUGAACCAAGCCCAACACUGCAGCUGCGAUGCAGGCUUCCACAUGAGUGGCACCUCUGACAACAGUAUCUGUCAGGAUGUAAAUGAGUGUGAAGUUUACCGGCUGGACCAAGGAGGGAAACUAUGUGUCCACGAGUGUGUAAAUGUCCCGGGCUCAUACCACUGCGCUUGCCCCAGCGGUUACAAGUUGCUUCCAGAUGGGCGGAGCUGUGAGGAUGUGGAUGAAUGUUUAAGCCAGCAGCAGAACUGUAGCCAGGGGACAACUUGUAUCAACAUGGGGGGAGGCUUUCGGUGCGUCAACCCAGAGUGUCCCCACUCUGAUGGCGACAUCAGCUACGUCAAGACAUCUCCCUUUCAGUGUGAGAGAAACCCCUGCCCCAUGGACAGCCGUUUAUGCCACACGGCACCCAAGACCGUGUCCUUUCACUAUCUGUCUCUGCCUUCCAACCUGAAGAUUCCCGCCACGCUUUUCCGUAUGGCGACCGCUGCCGCCCCCGGCCGCGCCGGCCCAGACAGCCUACGCUUCGGCAUAGCGAGCGGAAACUCCCGAGGCAUCUUUGUCAUGCAGCGUUCAGACAGACAGACUGGUGAGCUGAUACUGGUCCAGCAGCUGCGUGGGCCACAGGAGAUCAGUGUUGAUGUGGAGAUGUCUGAGUACAGCGACCGCACUUUUCAGGCCAAGCAUGUGGCACGGGUCCACGUCCUGGUUUCACCUUACAACUUCUAAACAAAGGAAGAAGAUAAGAGACUGAAAACUGUAGGGAUCGUAUAUAAUGGGCACUGAGUUUACUUCAGCCUCUUUCAGAAAUCAGUUUGUCUGGAUUGGCAGUCACGGGCCAAAUUACCAAAAGAGUGAAAAGGUGACAAAGCUGAUUUUUAAUAGUUAUUUUAUAAAUCCAAAAAUGUAUGGAAAAUCUUAAUGUAGAUGCUUCUUUAGUAUCAGUAUGGCCUAUGAAUGAUGAUAUUUGGCUCAGUACAUUUGAAUUUUUCAAAUCUAGCUAAACAAAAGCAUAAUAAAUGCAGUAUGAGGGAUGCAUAACUGUUUUUGUCAUUACUGUUGCUUUAUGUAUGUCCACUAUAGUUAAUGUCUGUGCACCUCAGGCCCCGGAUUCAAUGCACUGCCUUUGCUUUACUGAUUUAAAUCCCUGGAUGACAUUAGUGCUCGUGUGGCCCUAAUUUAUUGGAGAUAUUGUUGCUGGUUUUUUACAGUAUAGGAAACAGUAUUCCACAUGUUUAUCUUUGAUCAUAUACUGUAUAUUUGUUUUGUUUUUUUAGUAGCUUGCUUUGUUUAAGGCACCUUCCGUAAUACUAAGGGAGAUUUUAAACAGUAGCUGCAGCCCUGUACCUGGUCUGUUUUCCUCUGUUUCUCAUAUCCUGUGUGUUACCCAGAAGUAGUUUCAUUAUUUUCUAAAUCAGUGAUGAUUUGGCAAGCUUGCCAAUGUACUACUCAUUUUAUCUGGAAUUUUAAUUGCCUCUACAUAACAGAAAUAAAGUCAGUCCAACAUUUCA